CUCUACUCUCGAGCCCUUUCUCUACUAUAGGAAAGAGGGAGAAACGACUUUGGUUUGGUUUUCCUCCCCUUGGCCUUCCCUCUCUUUUUCUUCCCUGCGAGUCCCCAAGAAUUCUAAACCUUCGUUAGCCAUGAAAGUUCAGGUUUCUUAAAGCAGGCAUUCGUUCUCACGUGGGUUUUAACGUCCAAGCUCUUCCAUGGAGAUGGAUUCAGCAGAACUGAAUAAAGAACUCGAAGCCAUAGAAGAAACACCUGUUGACCUGUCACUUGAACCAGCUUCUCCUGAAAUAAGCAGUAUCUUUGGAGAACCACAAGUGUUUCCCCGAAUUGGGGAUCAGUACCAGGUGGAAAUUCCGCUUCUAAUAAAAGAAUCCGACUGUCUUCAGCUUAAAAAAAAGCGAAGUGAUGCAGAAGACAUGGUUGAUGUUAGUCAAUCUUUUUUAGUGGGAUUACCCAUCCCUAUUAUGUGGGUCCAUGAUGGAGUUACUAAUAUUAAGUGUGAAUCACUGGAAUGUCUCAGUGAUCCAGAUGAUACUAUGAACCGAAAUGGGUUGGUAGAAUCUGAAAGCAACAAAGAGAACCAGGUGGUUUCUAAUAAUGGAGAUUUGAAACGUGAAUCUUUGGAUUUUGCCCCCAAAUAUGGAAAAGGACUAGAGCCAUCAGCAAGCCUUGAAUUUACUGUGGUAAGCAGGCAGAUAGAUGUGUUUCCUAUGUUGCAAGAAAAGAAGCCUAACCUAGACCAGAGGCAUGGAGGCAGAACUUAUUGUCCAGUUCCAGGGUCUUUAGGUGGAUCUUGGAGUGACAUUGACAAGGAGAGUUUUAUCCUUGGUCUAUAUAUCUUUGGGAAGAAUCUUAAUCAGGUGAAGAGAUUUAUGGAGAGUAAAGAGAUGGGGGAUAUACAAUCUUUCUAUUAUGGGGAGUUUUAUAGGUCUGAUGGGCAUCGUAAGUGGUCAGAGUGCAGGAAGAUAAGAAGCAGAAGAUGUAUACAUGGGCAAAAGAUUUUUACUGCAUGGAGGCAACAAGAAUUGUUGUCACGCUUGCUUCCUCGCAUGUCAGAGGAUUGCCAGAAUACGUUGCUAGAGGUCUCUAGGACAUUUGGAGAGGGGAAAAUUUCUUUGGAAGAAUAUGUCUCUGCUUUAAAGGCUACAGUUGGCAUGAACAACCUCAUUGAAGCUGUAGGAAUUGGUAAAGGGAAGCAAGACUUGACCGGCAUCGUGAUGGAGCCAUUAAAAUCCAAUCAUGUUAUUCCUGUUCGUCCUGAAAUACCAGUCGGCAAGGCAUGCUCAUCUCUUACGUCUGGGGACAUCAUCAAGUUUCUAACAGGAGACUUCCGGUUAAGCAAAGCCCGGUCAAAUGAUCUCUUUUGGGAAGCUGUUUGGCCCCGUUUACUAGCAAGAGGGUGGCACUCUGAGCAGCCUAAGAAUUAUGGUUGUGCUGGUUCCAAGCAUGCUCUGGUGUUCCUUAUACCUGGUGUUAAGAAGUUCUCAAGAAGGAGACUUGUGAAAGGAAACCACUACUUUGAUUCUGUUAGUGAUGUCUUGAACAAAGUUGCAUUAGACCCUAGUCUUCUGGAGCUUGAGGUUGAAGCGGUUAAAAGCAGUGUCCAGGAAGAAUAUAGGUGGGACUCAGAGCUGAAAGUGGAUCAAGAUGGAUUCUCUGAUCGUCAACGUCAUUGUUAUCUUCGACCACGCAUUUCAAAGUGCAAGUUGGAGCUCAUGAAGUUUACCAUUGUGGAUACCAGUUUGGCUUAUGGAGCAGAACCAUCAAAGUUGAGAGAACUAAGAAGUAUACCUGUCAACACUACUAAUACUUCCAUCCAAACUAACAUUUUGAGAGAUCCUGAAAGGGAUACCUCUGAGGAGAUUGUGGAUGAUCCAGACAUGGCUCAUGAUGACCCAGCUCAUGGUCACAGUGAUGACAAUACUUCCAGCCCCCCAAAGGUCAUGUUUAAAAGGGAACUUGACUCAUCAAAGAGCAUUGAGCAUGAGAUGCCAACUAACAGUCAAGAUCCCUCUCAUAGACCAUCUGACAAUCAUGAAAAUUCAUGCCAGAAUAUUGAGGAGCAACCAAGGAAGACAAUUUGCCAACUCAGCUGGAUCCCUAAUGGUCCAGAUCCUUCCAAUGGACCAUUGGACAAUCAUGCAAAUUCAUAUGCCAAUAUUGAAAAGCAACAGAGGAAGACAAAGUGCCAAUUCGGCCAGAGUGUCAAACCCAGCCAGUCAAACCAUGCCCCUGUCACAAAAAGACGGAGGUUAACUGCUUGUAAUCAGUCAGAAACAAGCCACAGCAGGAACAGUUUUUUGGUGGCUCCAGUCCGAAAACAAGAGGAGCCUUCUUUCCAGUUAUAUUCACCUGAUGCAAAUGAGACCAUAGUUUCUCAAGUGGUUCAAUCUCUGGAUAAGGUAUCUUCUACUAGUUCUUCUGCUAACAGCAGUCCAGAUGAGAGCAGUGAAGGGAUUCUCAAAGGAAAUGGUUUUGGUGAACUACCUAAUGAGAAACGUCAACCACGGACUUUGAUUGACCUUAAUCUACCCCAUGUUCCACCAGAUUUUGAAACUGAUGAACCCUUUACCAUGGAGGUAGACAGCCAGGACGACCCCAGCACUAAGAGGACAUUGUUACCAUCUGAAACCGGUCAACAGCUAGAGGAUUCUGAGGAUAUGAGAACCAGUACUGCCGAGCAGCAGCCUACUGUAAAUUCCAGGAGGCAGAGCACGAGAAACCGGCCAUUGACAACAAAAGCAUUGGAAGCUCUUGCUUGUGGGUUCCUUAAUACAAAGCGAAGGAAGAGGGGUGCAGAAACUCUUUCACAAGAGAACAUAAUAUCAAGGCCUUCCAGGCGAGCCCGUGGUAGGGUAGGAGUUACUGGAAAUUGGGGUGUUGAAGCUGGAGUUGUGGAUUCCAAGGUUGUGGAGAUGAUGGUUGAUUGUGAGUGUAGUGGUAACACAGUUGGCAAGCCUCAGGUUGGGUCUGAGAAAGGAACUCAUGAGUUAUUAGGGAUGACCAAUCCUACAUAUCAUCCUGAAGUUUUGAUGUGUAAAGAUGAUUGAUAUGGUUAGAUGGUGAUAUCAUUUGCCUGUUGCAGAUGAAGAUGCAAGAAAGUUUGGAAAGAGUGGUCCCCCAGUUGGCAUGCCCAAGAACUUGCUUCACUGUGUUUAACCGUAAUCUGGGGAGAUCAAUGUCUUUUUUGUUUGCUUUCAUCCUAUUAUAUACAAGGAGAAGAACAAAGUGCCGCUUCCCACUGGCUGCUUUGCAUCUGGCAGGUGAAAUCACUGAAAC